AUGGCGGCCAUCAGCAACACCUCCGCCGCUGUCAAAUAUCCCUGGGACCCGGCCACCCCUCUAACGGCCCGGUCAACGUGCUCCAUCUUCCUCCCGCCGUCGCUCGAACUUCUUCCCGUUGGCCCCACCAGCAACUCCUCCUCCUCCACUACCACCACCGUCGCGACCCCGCUAACAGCGCGGUCAACCUGCUCGAUCUUCGAAUUCAAAACCCCAUCUAGCACCGAAUGGAUGUGGGCCAAGUGCAGUCUCGGCGUCGGCAGCGUCGUUCCACGGGUGGUCGUGCCGAGCAAUCCCAGAAGCAGCAGCGGGCGGCAAGGCCCAAAGAACAAGGAGCCCCAGAAGUGUGAAUUCUCUGCUGAUUUCCCGAUAUCCUGGUUGAAAAUGAUUUUCCUCUUUGAAACUGAUAUAUUCGGUUUCUAUAUAGUCCGCUACCAGCCGCAGCCAGUCGCCAAGUCCUCGCUAGGAGGAUGA